AUGCCCGGCGCUGGGCUCUGCAGCUGUUGGGGUGGCCGGGUACUGCCCUUGCUUAUGGCCUACGUCUGCUCCCUGCUGCUUGGGGCCACCAUCUUCUGGGCGCUGGAGAAACAGGCAGAAGCUCAAUCCAGGGACCGGUUCCAGCUGGAAAAGCUGUGCUUCCUAGAGAACUACAGCUGCCUGGACCAGCAGGCCAGGAGAAGUUCGUGCAGGGUCAUCCGGGAAGCCUGGGUGAAAGGUGUGAACCCCAAAGGCAACUCCACCAACCCCCGCAACUGGCACUUCCAAAGCAGUUUCUCCUUUGCAGGCACUGUGGUCACCACCAUAGGCUAUGGAAACCUGGCGCCCAGCACAGAGGUGGGGCAGGCCUUUUGUGUCUUCUGUGCCCUGCUCGGCAUCUCACUCAACGUGGUCUUCCUCAACCAAAUGGGCACAGGGCUACGUGCACACCUGACCACACUGGACAGGUGGGAGGACCAUCCCAGGCGUUCCCAGCUCCUGCAGGUCCUGGGCCUUACUCUGUUCCUGACCCUGGGGACCCUGGUGAUCCUCAUCUUCCCAGCCAUGUUAUUCAGCCAUGUGGAGGGCUGGAGCUUUGGCGAAGGCUUCUACUUUGCCUUCAUCACCCUCAGCACCAUUGGCUUCGGGGACUACGCUGUCGGCACAGACCUCAGCAAGCAUUACAUCACCAUGUACCAGAGCCUGGCAGCUGUAUGGCUCCUCCCAGGGCUGGCAUGGCUGGGUGUGCUCAGCCUGGGGUUCCUGCUUCUGCACAGAUGCCCCCGUCUCUGGCUGCUCAUCAGAGGCCUGGACAUCAGGGAUGAAGGAGACCCUGACCCUGACCCCAGACCUCAGGAAAUCCCCAAGUGUUCCAGCCACCCAUCCUGCCUCACCACCCCCAAUCCCACAGAACCCAGAAAAACCUACAUCAUCGCCACCUCCACAUACCAGCAGCAGUUCUUAGGCUGUGAGCAGAGACGGAGCUGGUUCUUGUGUUAG